AUGUGGCUCGAUCGGCUUGCCGGACAGUCAUCGUCUCCCGCUCCCUCCCAGCCCGGCAGCCGCUCGUAUUCUCCCGCGCCUCGUCGAACUCCGAGCGGAUCAGGUCCGUAUAUUACAUCCCAACGACUCGGUGCCACCACCCCUAGAUCAUCAACCCUAUCCUUAGCAUCGACCGAAUCUUCAGCUUCUUCCCUCUUGGUAUCUUCCCGAAGAGCCAAUGGCUCGACAUUAAAGGAGUCGAGAACGGUAUACACCGGGCCCGAUCCCGUAGAUAUUUUAAAUAACCUCUUGGGCGACGACAAGCAACAUGCAGCCUCCGAUACAAAGACGGCGACCAGCUCGGUCAGUUCGAUAUCGCCCGAGGACCUCCAAUUGGAUUUUGAUUUUUCCGGGUUGUCCCUUCGAGAGCUAGCAUUGUCAGAGGAGGAAGCGCUAGACGAUACCGUUGUGUAUAGACCUCAGGCAGCCGAAAAGUAUGACCGAGAUAAGGCCAAGUUCGAGGAACUACAUCGAUCAAUACGAGCCUGUGACGAGGUACUAAGCUCGGUAGAAACCAAUCUCACAAGCUUUCGAAAUGACCUUGCGACUGUAUCCGCAGACAUCGAAACAUUACAAGCGCGGUCUACGGCUCUUAAUGUACGGCUAGAAAACCGAAAGGCGGUAGAGAAGGGCUUAGGACCGGUGGUUGAAGAGAUCAGCGUAUCACCUACAGUAGUAUCCAAGAUCGCCGAUGGUCAUAUCGACGAAGGAUGGGUGAAGGUUGUCGCGGAGAUUGAUAAGAGAGCUACGGCUCAUAAGAAGAAUGCCUCGACUGAGCAAGGUGCUAAGGGCCUGCAAGACCUUGGCCCUCUAUUAGAGAAGCUGGUAUUAAAAGCUACCGAACGAAUAAGAGAUUUCCUCGUCGCCCAGAUUAAAGCUUUACGAUCACCACAUAUCAACGCCCAAAUCAUCCAACAGCAAAAUUUCCUGAAAUUCAGAGAUCUAUACUCCUUCCUCCAUAAACAUCAUGCCACAUUGGGCGAUGAAAUAUGCCAGGCGUAUAUGAACACCAUGCGGUGGUACUACGCCAACCAAUUUACGCGCUACGAAAAUGCUCUUCGAAAAAUUAAGUUACACUCUUUGGACAGGACGGAUGUACUAGGUAACGAGGACACCUCUAGGAAAGGCACCGUCCUCUCUAGUUCCAAAAUUGCUGGACCACCCCACGACGCCUUCAACUUAGGUCGGCGGAUCGACCUUUUGCGCACUCAUAACCAAAGCGCGCUCUCAUCCUACCUAGCCGAAGAAGACCAAUCUACCCAUUACCUCGAGGUUCCCUUCCGGAAUUUUAACCUCGCCUUGAUCGACAACGCAACGGCCGAAUAUACGUUCUUAGCAUCAUUUUUCUCACCCGCUCUGAGCUAUUCCACUAUCUCACGCCACUUCACUUACAUAUUCGAACCCACCUUCCAGCUCGGCCAGGCUCUGACCAAGUCCCUCGUGGGCGACACGUACGACGCCAUCGGCGUCCUCCUGGCCGUCCGUCUGAACCAACACUUCCAGUUCGAGCUGCAGCGCCGCAAAGUCCCCGCCGCGGACGGGUACCUCAACGGCACGGCCAUGCUGCUGUGGCCGCGCCUCCAGGCCAUCAUGAACGCGCAUUGCGAGUCCGUCCGCGCCCUCACCACGGCGCUGCCCACGCGCCCGCUCGCCUCCAAGGCCGAGCAGAGCAAGCUCUCCGCCGCCCCGCACGUCUGCACCCAGCGCUUCGGCCAGCUGCUCCACGGCAUCCUGGCGCUCAGCGCCGAGGGCGGCGACGACGAACCUGUCGUCACCAGCCUCCGCAGGCUGCGCAGCGAGAUCGAGGCCUUCCUGACCAAGUACAGCGCCGCCUUCGGCACCGACAAGAGGAAGAGGGAGCGCUUCCUGUAUAAUAAUUACAGCCUCAUAUUGACUAUCAUCAGCGAUACGCAGGGCAAGUUGGCGGACGAGGAGCAGGAUCAUUUUGAGGGGUUGAAGACGGCUUUUCAGGAGGCUGCCUAG